UCUCAUUUCGCAGCAUUUAUGGCAUUUUGCUUCAACGUAUAUACUCUACUCCACUUCUCUUCUAGGCUGUAGAGCUGACAGAAUCGCGCAUCCGCGUCAAUCCUUCGAAAGAUUCAGUAAACUAGUACCUUUACUAUGGCGGCUCGCGGAACGAGUGCAGUUUCAGCACCAACCGUCUAUGCCUCUUCAAACUUCCAAUUAGCGCAGAAGGGGUCGAUUUCCGCGCACUCAGUUUCCUGUUCACCUAUCACACGGUUCUCGCCUGGCCGUUCUUCCUCUGCCAUCUCCCCGCUGCGCUGCUCUUUUCUUCAGCCGUCAAUCCCUCUUCGACCUCAGCCGGGGAAUCGCGCGAAGCACCCUCGUCGCUUCGUCGUUUCGGCAGCCGGAAAGCAGACAUUCUCGUCGUUUGAUGAUAUGAUUCAGUCGGCUGACGUGGUCCUGGUCGACUUCUAUGCCACAUGGUGUGGUCCCUGCCAAAUCGUGGCGAAGACCCUGGAUCAAGUGUCCGCUCAAGUUGGUAACUCCGUCAAGAUUGUGAAGGUGGAUACUGAGAAAUACCCUAAGCUGGCUUCGCGAUAUGGAAUUCAGGGCCUGCCGACUCUCAUGCUUUUUCGAAAAGGCCAAGUUAUUGAUCGCGUGGAGGGAGCACUAUCAGCUCAAGACCUUUUAAUGCGGAUGAACUACAUGUUAUCUACGUCCAAGUGAUGCGCAUUCUUCGGUGUCAUUUGUAAUAAUUCAUUUUGCGGUGUAUGUUUUGCGCCGAGCCUUGUUUACAUUGUACUGAACUGUGCUAUUAGUGAGUAUU